UUGAGUAUUCUUCCUGUAGAAGGAUAUGCCCGACUCAAGGGUGGAGAUGCCAAACGGCUAAAAUGAGGCAACCUGGACCGAGAGCCGCCAGACGGCCCGAGGAACCCCCGUAACCGGCUACCUGCAGGCUCACCUGAAGCUCACCAUAGGAUGUUGAGAGAAACAGCGGCCGUGUCAGCUGCGCCUGGGAAAUGAUCCCAGCAAUUGGGAAAAUAAGGAAAAAUAAGUCGUGCUGGACUACAAGACUACACUCAACCGAGUCACGAGCUUAAGAUACACAACUGUGCCCGACAUCACGUCGCAUGCCAGUGUUUCGAAGACCGGAGAGAUUACUACAGCAGUCAGUUGAGCAGUUCCGAUGCCAUGCAACCUGUCAGCGGUCACUAAAGAAACUGUACAUAUCAGUACGUCGGGUCAGGCAUGCUGAAACUGCCUGCGCGCUGGAUUGGCUCUGUGCCCGAGCCGAUUUUGGGCUUGCCGAUGGCAUGCACCUCGAAGCCGACCUUCUGCAGCCCGACGUGGUCCAGAAGAUUCCGACCGUCGAAUAAGAAGGCUGGCUUCAUCAUCUUGCUGUAGAACACGUCAUACUUGUAGGUUUUGAAUUCAUCCCACUCUGUAAGAAUGACGAUCGCAUGUGCCCCUUCGACAGCCUCGUCUGGCGUGUUGGUGAAGGUGAAGAGCUUGUCGUCAACUGUGACACCGUGGUACUUGAACUCUGUAAUGGCGUCCUCUCUCUGCACCUUGGGGUCGUACACGUGGACGAGCGCUCCAUCUUGCAUCAACAUAUCGCAAACGGUCAGCGCAGGAGUCUCACGCACGUCGCCGGUGUCCUUCUUGAACGCGAAACCGAAGACUGCAAUCUUCUUCCUGGAGAUGGUGUUGAACAGGGCCUUUAUGAUCCGGCCCGUGAACGUCUUCUUCUGGUACUCGUUCAUGUCGACCACCUUCUGCCAGUACUGAGCGCACUCGUCCAGGCCGAACUGCUCGCAGAUGUACACGAGGUUCAGGAUGUCCUUCUGGAAGCAGGAGCCGCCGAAUCCGAUCGAGGCGUUCAGGAACUUCUUCCCGAUGCGGCUGUCGGUGCCGAUGGCCCGGGACACCUCGCCGACGUCGGCACCCGUGCGCUCGCAGAGCCUGGAGAUGGAGUUGAUGCUGCUGACGCGCUGGGCGAGCACGGCCCGAGGAGCACACCCGCCGGCACACAACGCACAACACGCUCGGAGCCCCGCGCGGGCUUCUCUGGGGCCGGCGUCGGCCCCCCCCCCAUGCCCUCGCGCGCGGGGAGCGCGCCCACAGGGGCGGCGCGGGAGGCGCCGCCCGUGGGGGGGGACCGGCGCCGACCCGACAGCUCCGCGCGAAGCCCCGAAGGAGCUGCUCGUGCAGUCUGUGGCUCCUCGGAUGGCGUUGGCGACCAGCUUCGAGAGCUCGGAGCUCCAGAGGUUGGUGGUGAGGAUCCUCUCGCGGGGCACCCAGUGCGCGUAGAUGUCCACGAGCACCUGCACCGCCUGCUCCACCUGGCCCCCGAUGAGCACCCGGUCCGGGCUGUCGAGGUCCGUCAUGGCCGUACCCUCGGCCAAGAACUCUGGGUUCGACAGGAUGUAGAACCUCUUCCCCACGGUCCCUCCUGACUGCAGCUCGUUCGCUGUGAGCACGCGCUCGAGAGCCUCGGCCGUCUUCACCGGCACCGUGGACUUCUCGAUCACGAUCUUGCUGCGGUUGGCGUGCUGGGCGAUAGUCCUGCCCACGCUCUCGAUGAACUUCAGGUCGGCCGCGCGGCCAGCGCCCACGCCCUGGGUCUUCGUGGGCGUGUUCACCGAGGCGAAGAUGAUGUCCGCGUCCUCGAUGCCGGCCUGCACGUCCGUGGAGAAGAAGAGGUUCCUUGCGCCGGGGGGCGUCCACGAUCUCCUUGAGCCCGGGCUCGUAGAUGGGUAGCGAGUCCGAGUUCCAUGCCGCGAUGCGGGCCUCGUUGAGAUCCACGAUGUUCACCGUGAUCUCGGGGCACUUGUGCGCAAUCGUGGCCAUGUCGGUCCACCCACGUAGCCGGCUCCGAUGCAGCAUACUUUGUCCAAGCGGAUACCCAGCUUUGGGUGCACCUUGCCCUCCGCCAUCGCCGCUCAGGUACUGCCGGGCACGCGGCUCCUUGAAACUCGAGCCUGGCCGCGCUCGAGGUCGCAGCACGCGCCGAAACGGCU